ACUGGACAUCAGUAAGCAACCAUAACUACCUCGCCAUAACAGCUCAUCUAAUAGAUGAUAAUUGGCAGCUGCACUCGUUUGCGUUAGGUGUAGUGAAAACAGAGGAGAGGCAUUUCGCCGAAGCAUGCGCUCGCCAGUUUCUUGACGUUGUUAAAGAGUGGGGGAUAACGGAAAGGGUCAUCACUAUUGGAACAGAUAGUGCUCAGAAUAUGGUAGCGGCAGCCAGGAGUCUACCAUUCGAGCAUAUGCCUUGUGUAGCGCACAUUAUUCAGCGGACGAUCACGGUGUCUCUCCGUGACAGCGGGUUUGAUGGUGCAUUAGCCAAGUGCCGUAAAAUCGUUGGACAUUUUAAACACAGUCCUGCAAACACAGCGGAGUUGAAAGUUCAGCAAGCUUCCCAUGGACAGACAGAAGAGUCACUCAUCCAGGAUGUAGCCACACGCUGGAAUUCAACACUGGAGAUGAUAAAGCGUAUCCAGCACAACAAAGAGCCACUGAAGGCAACACUUGUCCAGCAGAAGCACAACUUGGCCACGCUAACCUCAGCUGAAUAUGACAGGCUAGCAAAUUUGGAAACACUGCUGGAGCCAUGCAGGUAUGUUACUGAGCUCUUGGGGGGUGACAAAUAUGUUUCCUGCUCUGUGGUCCUUCCUGCACUCUGCCACCUUCUGCGUACAAUGGAGAUUUCAGAUGUUGACCCUGCCUACAUAGUGCGCUUCAAGGCUGCAUUCAAAGGGGACCUCAACACACGAAAGGAGAACACAAACCUGUCAUGGUUAAAGCUAGCAACAGCUCUAGAUCCCAGAUUCAAGGACCUCAGGUGCCUGCCCAAAGCAGAGAGGGAAGAGGUGUGGCAAAAGCUGAGUCAGAUGCUGAAGGACAGAGAUACUGAAUCACAGCCCUGCAGCGAUGAAAUGGAACCAGAACCACCAAAGAAGAAAGUGGCUCUCCUACUGUUGGGGUCAGAGUCAGAGUCUGAUGAGGAUGCAAAUUUUAAUGACAAAACUCUGGACAGGUACAGGGCAGAGCCCAGUGUCAGCAUAGACACAUGUCCACUUCAGUGGGGGUCAGCGCACACUGGUGCCCAUGGCAGGCUGGCACAGCUUGCACAAAAGUACUUGGCAACACCUGCCUCAACAGUGCCAUGUGAGAGACUAUUUUCUUUGGCAGGCCACGUUGUACAGAAGAAAAGGUCAGCUUUGUCAUCUGAAAAUGUCAACAAGCUAGUUUGCCUGAGUAACUGGUUAAAAGAAAAGCAGACGAUGAAUUGGUUGACUGAAGUCAUGUCACACAACACCUUUGCACACAGUUAUUGUUAUUGAAUUAAGUGUGUGAAAAGGACUGUUCACUUUGUUUCUUUUAAGACACUUAUGACAUUCAGUUUAUAAUUCAGCUUUCAGCCCACUCAAUGUAAUGUUGACUUUAUUUGGGUGAAAUGUUACCUCACAGUUUACAGACAAGCUGUUUGUAUUUACUUUGUAGCAGAAGAUAACAGUUUCUCAUAUGCUUGUCUUCUAUUUAAGUUGGCAGAUCAUUAUGGAUGUUUUUGGCAAAGCUAAGCACUCCAUGAGACUUUGUAUUCAGUAUAAUGAUGAGGCCCUUUAAUCAGUCAAACCUCUAUGCAGUCAUAGAGUAGAGCCCAAUUUCAGAGGGGUUUUCACUACAGUGUCACACAGGUGCCCGUGAUGAGAAGGUUAAAAAAAAGACUGUUUGCAUUUUAUGGGUGUUGUUGCUCUGUGAAUUAAGAUAUUCUAAUUGACUGGGAUGUCAAAUAAAGUUUUAAAAAGCCCUAA